AGAAGCCAUUGAACCAAUCCAGGGUGAAUUCUUCCUCUCCAUCCAUGUCUGACUCUUCAUACACCUUCUCUUCCCCCUGCUACAACUCCUCUCACCCCCUCUUCUCGACCGCUCCGUUCUCAGCCCCUUCUUUUUCUGGCCUGGACCUCCUGUCUGACCUGAAGCUCGUCUUCAUCCCUCUCUACUCGGCCGUGGUCCUGGUCGCCUGCUCCGGCAACCUCCUCCUGAUCUUUCUCAUCUGGCACAACAAGAAAAGACACAACACCACAAACUUCCUCAUCAGCAACCUGGCACUCGUCGACCUGGUCAUGUGCAUCUUCUGUGUCCCUUUGACUGCAUCCUAUGCUUUUGACCAGCGUGGAUGGGUAUUUGGUACCCACAUGUGUCAUUUUGUCACUUUCAUGCAGUCUGCAGCUGUCUACGCAGCUGUCCUGUCCCUCAUGGCCAUCGCAGUGGAUCGUUAUGUGGUCGUGGCUUAUCCCGUCCGUAAAAGAGCAGGGGGCCAUUUCUGCUGGGGUCUGGUGACCCUGAUCUGGCUGUCCGCUAUGGCUUUAUCCACUCCUACAGCAGUACACACAGUCUACCUGGACCUGCGGGCUGCAGGGCUGCAGAUGGCCGUGUGUGAGGAGUUCUGGGACGGCCAAGAGCGAGGCCGUCUCAUCUACUCCUGUUUCAUUCUCUUCUUCUCCUACUUUGUCCCACUGGCUGCUGUCUCCAUUUCCUACUGUGCUAUAUCCUAUCAGCUGAAGCAGAGGACGACGUCGGGACUGAUGGCAUGUCCAGAGUUGAGAUCUGCAAGGGCUGCAUGGGGCAGACGGAGGAGGAAGACCUUCUACCUGCUGCUGGUGUCUGUCCUGUGUUUCGCCUUCUCAUGGCUCCCCUUGCAGGUGGUGAAUCUGAUCCGUGACCUGGACACAGACUUCUCCAUUAUGGGGAAGAAUUACGUGAACAUCAUCCAGGUGUCGAGUCACCUGUUCGCCAUGACUUCCACCUGCUACAACCCUUUUAUUUACGCCUCAUUGCACAACAAGUUCCUGUCCUACCUGUGUCACCACUUCCUGGCCCGGAGGAGAGGAAAAGGAAAGGAUAGGGGUCAAGGUUCAAGCAUCCUGACCAUGUCACACAGAUUGCCGCGCCUUCACACCUCCACCAUUACGGCAGAUUUACCGUGUGCUGUUGUAAAUAACAUUGGUCCACAAGACAACUACGCUUAAAUUAAUGUUUCAGUUGAAUAGGCACGCAAAUGUUUUCUUCAGCUCAGUUGGAUAAAAGUCUCUUGCUUCAGAAAUGACAAGGUAUCUUCUUCACUCCAAAUUUAAUAUGAAUCUUGUCAGACUUCAUACUGACAGACAAAUUGAAUGAAAUGUAAGUUCAUUUAAACCACACUGAAAUUCAAAAGGGGUUUCAAGGCUUUCAUACAACAGGCACAGUGUGUACAUACGGUCAUGGUCACAUACAAAAAUACAACUCUGUCUCUUUGACUGAAUUCAUACAGGUGUAAAAAUAUUAGCCUGCUUUGAUUAAAAUAUUUUAUGUGUGUAUUGAUUUAUCCAUCCAUCCAUCCAUCGUCAACCGCUUAUCCUGUGUACAGCCAAUCCCAGCUGACAUCGGGUGAAAGGCGGGGUACACCCUGGACAGGUCGCCAGUGUAUUGAUUUAUAUUCUUAACAAAUGUAUGGAUGCUUGUAUAUUGAAAGUCUAUUUAGCACUGAAAAAUAUGCCAUUGUGAGCUUUAGCAUAUACUUUAGACAAGGAUUUUGCUCGUCUUUGCAAUUAUGCACAAUCAAUUUUAUAUUUUUUCAUCUAAUUGUGCAUAUUCAUAUUCUUGUGCAUUUCUAAUACUGUACAUCAACGUUAUGGCAUGUUCAUGUAUAUACAACAUGCUCAUUUAAAUAACUGUAUAUGUGUAUUACAUGUGCAACAUUUGAUCUACAUUGUUAAAUGUCUCUCAAUAAACAGGUUUAUUUAAAUCAUCUUCCCCUUCCCAUUCAUUGAAUGUGGUU